CGUCGCGGACUCGCGGUAUAACGUAAAUUUAUACGAUAAGCAAUUGACUAAUACUAUAGUAAAGCGAUAUUUUGACGAUCUGUUCGCAUUCUGAAAAAGCGAAGAAAUUCAUAAAUUAUUGAACACUGAGAAUAUUGAUUUACUAGUUAAAACUUGUAAAUUUUAGAGAGUUAGUGAUCAGAAAGUAUUAUUAUAAUAAGAAAAAAUAGUCGUGACAGUUAACAACUAAGAUUAUGUUGGGUGGUGGUCUAUUUUCUAAUAAGCCAGUGGCAGCGCCCACAAACCCUAAUAAAGAUUUUGAAGUUACGCAGCCUCCUGAUGACACUAUUUCAGCAAUGGCAUUCAGUCCGGCCACAUUACAGCAAAACUUUCUCAUUGCUGGUAGUUGGGAUAAUAGUGUACGUUGUUGGGAAGUUGAACAGAGUGGCAAAACUGUGCCAAAAUCCAUGCAGUCUAUGUCUAUGCCAAUUUUAGAUGUCUGUUGGAGUGAUGAUGGCACUAAAGUUUUCAUGGCAUCUUGUGAUAAACAAGUGAAAUGCUGGGAUUUAGGAAGCAAUCAAACAGUGCAAGUAGCAGCUCAUGAUGCACCCAUUAAGACUUGCCAUUGGAUUAAAGCGCCUUCUUAUACUUGUAUUAUGACUGGUUCAUGGGAUAAAACGUUAAAGUUUUGGGAUGUUAGAAGUUCAGUUCCCAUGAUGACCAUUAAUCUACCAGAAAGAGCUUAUUGUGCUGAUGUGGAUUAUCCUAUGGCAGUUGUUGGUACAGCAUCAAGGGGUAUAGUUGUAUAUAAAUUAGAAGGAAAACCUGAAAUGGUAAAAACUGUAGACUCUCCUCUUAAGUAUCAACAUCGCUGUGUUUCAAUAUUCAGAGAUAAGAAAAAACAAUCUCCUACUGGUUUUGGUUUGGGAAGUGUUGAGGGACGUGUAGCUAUUCAUUAUAUACAACCACAGAGCUCAAAAGACAACUUUACAUUUAAAUGUCAUCGUCAAAAUAACUCUGGAACAAUGAAUGUCCAAGACAUUUAUGCUGUUAAUGAUAUCAAAUUUCAUCCAGUACAUGGUACAUUAGCAACUGUGGGUUCUGAUGCUACAUUUGCUUAUUGGGAUAAGGACGCACGUACAAAAUUGAAGUCUUCUGAGACACUUGACCAACCAAUCACAAAAUGUUGUUUUAAUAGCAAUGGUCAAAUAUUUGCUUACAGUACUGGAUAUGACUGGUCAAAGGGUCAUGAAUAUAAUAACCCAGCCAAGAAGCCUCAGAUAUUCUUAAAACCAUGCUUUGAGGAUCUGAAACCAAAGAGUACUACUUAG